UUCGAAUCAGUGCCGUCCUCGUCAAACGUUAACAAACUCAACAAAACAAAAUGUAAUCGACGAUUCAGGUCAGAAGCGUCCAAAUGUCUUCAACGGCGGAAACGGCCCUGUGCCGAGUUUGUGCCAACCCGUUCGAAAGCUCCACCAUGAUCCGGCUGUUUGACAAAGCGAAUGGUCCGCUGGCGUUGGCGGAGAUCUUCCUGCAAGUCUCCGCAGUUUCAGUUGGAGAUUCCAGACUUCCGAAAUGCUGCUGCUUGCGCUGCAAGAACCGACUAAAGGAAGUGGAAGAUUUGAGGGCGUUGUGUCAGGAGUCGGACCGGAAGUUGCGCAAAAUGAUUGGCGAUGAUAGGAACGAGGAAGAAAGCGUCGAUAUUUUGCCAAAAGUGGAAGUAUUCGAAUAUUCAGAAUCAUACUCUUGCUGGAGUGACCCGGAGCACAGGUUCAGCUCCAGUGACGAUGAACAGGCUUCUGACUUUGUGGAGCAAAAGAUGGCUAAAAGACGCUCAAAUCGAAAGGUUAAGACAGAAUGCAAAAGCGAUGUUACAAAUCAAAUAGAUCCAGAAAAAGAGGUUCCUGUCAGCCAUAAGAAAUCCGAGAAUGAUCCAGACUAUGUUGAACCGAUUUCGAAGAAAUCGAAGAAGGCAAAGUCCGAAUCGCAAUUUAACAAAACGCCUAACCCGACCGGAGAACCCAAGGGCAAACGAAAACGGGUAUACCAAUGUUCUUUAUGUGGUCAAAUUUUUGCUUCCGGAUACAACCUAAAGGAGCAUGAAUCAGUCCACAACCCAGAACGUCUUAUAAAAUGUCCCUUGUGUCCGAAGGAAUUCAAUCGGCGCAACAAUUACAAACGCCACAUGGUUGUGCACAAAGAACAGUUCAAAUGCACCGAAUGCGACAGAUCAUUCCGGAAUGGCUCAACACUGGAGGAACACAUCAGCACGAAACAUCGAGGCGAACGUCCCCACCAAUGCAAGCAGUGUCCCAAAACGUACCUAACCUCUGCCUCGUUGUUUACCCACGUUCAAGCGAUCCACAAGCAAAACUUCCGAUUCAAAUGCGACAUCUGCUUCAAGUCGUUCCUCACGAAAACCAUCCUGGAGCGCCACACGCUCAAGCACCAGGGAGUAAAGUUCAGCCACUGUCCGCACUGCGACAACAAGUACGAGUCGAACAACUACCUCAAGCAGCACAUUGCCGAGCGACAUCCGGAACAGAUCGAGAACCUCGCGCGGUGUGAGUACUGCGGACUGGGAUACGCAACGGAUUGCCACUACCGGAAGCACGUGGUCAAGAAGCACCCCGAGCGGUUGGUGCAGUUUGACGAGUGGUUGACGGCAAAGCGAGAAUCGGUCAAGAAUGGUCAGCAAAUAAAUGCGAAAGUUGAGUGAA